AUGAAGGAGGAGAGAGGCGAUGCUUUGACGUGGCCUCUGAUCGGAGAGAAGAGUAGUGGAGUUAAGGAGGAAGUGAAGAAGCAACUAUGGCUGGCGGGCCCACUAAUCGCAGUGAGUCUUCUUCAGUUUAGUCUGCAAGUGAUCUCAGUCAUGUUCGUCGGUCAUCUCGGCUCUCUUCCUCUCUCUGCCGCCGCCGUUGCCACCUCCUUCGCUUCCAUCACCGGCUUCACCUUCCUCGUCAGUUUCUCCUCUCUCUCUCAUAGCUUUACAGACUUCAUUUCUUUUACAACAAAGUUUUUUUUGUGA